UCCUGCAGCACCAGACGGAAUCGCGCUUCGGACGCAGCGUCCCGAUGAGGUUUGACCCUUGUAGCGAUCCGUACAGCCUCAGAACAGCUUCCGGUGUUGUUGUGUAAACGUGGAUUAGCUUUAUUUAUUAGACUGUGAUAAGACUAUUCGAUAAAUAACUCAGUAUCUCAGGUAAUCAGGGAACUAAACUGUAUUCUAAGGAAAAUGGAAACCGAAAAUAGACCCAAAAAGAGAUCCCAUGGGGAGGAUGAAGGGUCUGGCUCCGAAAGAUCAGAAGACGAUGAUUAUGUUCCCUACGUUCCAGUCAAAAUUAGAAAACAACAAAUACUACAGAAAAUGUUACGACUGCGAGGGAAGGCGGUGGACGAGGACCAAAAGGACAGCGGGGAGGAUCAGAGGGAUGAGGAGGAGGGUCUCGGCCCUCGCUCUAAUGUCAGUCUCCUUGAUCAGCAUCAGCACCUCAAGGAAAAAGCAGAAGCCCGAAAGGAGUCUGCUAAGGAGAAGCAGCUGAAAGAGGAAGAGAAGAUUCUUGAGAGCGUUGCAGAGGGCAGAGCUCUGAUGUCUGUGAAGGAAAUGGCCAAAGGUAUCAUAUAUGAUGAUCCAAUAAAAACAAGCUGGAAGGCACCGCGCUACAUCCUGAACAUGCCAGACACCCGACAUGAGCGGGUCAGGAAGAAGUUUCACAUCCUGGUUGAUGGAGACAGAAUCCCUGCUCCAAUCAAAAGCUUUAGAGAGAUGAAGUUACCGCCAGCAAUUCUAAAGGGUUUGAAAAAGAAGGGCAUCGUGCAUCCCACACCAAUUCAAAUCCAAGGAAUUCCCACCGUUCUGUCAGGUCGGGACAUGAUUGGCAUUGCUUUCACUGGAUCAGGAAAGACUUUGGUUUUUACUCUGCCCAUCAUGAUGUUUGCACUGGAGCAGGAAAAAAGACUACCCUUCUUUAAAAGAGAGGGACCUUACGGACUCAUCAUCUGUCCUUCACGAGAGUUGGCGAGACAGACGCACGGCAUCAUCGAGUAUUACUGUAAACUGCUGGAGGAGGAGGGAGCUCCUCAGCUGCGCACUGCCCUCUGCAUCGGAGGAAUGUCUGUCAAGGAGCAGAUGGAGGUAGUAAAACAUGGUGUCCACAUGAUGGUCGCUACCCCCGGCAGACUCAUGGACUUGCUGCAGAAGAAGAUGGUGAGUCUGGACAUCUGUCGCUACUUGGCUCUGGACGAGGCUGACAGGAUGAUUGACAUGGGCUUUGAGGAAGACAUCAGGACAAUCUUCUCCUAUUUCAAGGGACAGAGACAGACCCUGCUGUUCAGCGCCACUAUGCCCAAAAAGAUCCAGAAUUUUGCCAAGAGUGCGCUGGUCAAACCCAUCACCAUUAAUGUGGGUAGGGCCGGUGCUGCCAGCUUGGACGUUAUCCAGGAAGUGGAAUACGUCAAAGAGGAAGCCAAGAUGGUGUACCUGCUGGAGUGCCUUCAGAAAACACCACCUCCUGUGCUGAUAUUCGCUGAGAAGAAGGCUGAUGUAGAUGCUAUCCAUGAGUAUCUGCUGCUAAAAGGAGUGGAGGCGGUGGCCAUCCAUGGAGGAAAAGAUCAAGAGGAAAGAACAAAAGCCAUCGAAUCUUUCAAAGAAGGAAAGAAAGACGUCUUAGUUGCCACGGACGUCGCUUCCAAAGGUCUGGAUUUCCCAGCUAUUCAGCACGUAGUGAACUAUGACAUGCCUGAGGAGAUAGAGAACUAUGUCCACAGAAUUGGAAGAACUGGACGAUCAGGCAAGACUGGUAUCGCUACUACAUUCAUCAAUAAAGGCUGCGAUGAGUCUGUGUUGAUGGACCUGAAAGCCCUGCUGGUUGAAGCCAAGCAGAAAGUUCCACCUGUUCUCCAGGUUCUCCAGACAGGAGACGAGACCAUGCUGGACAUCGGAGGAGAGAGGGGUUGUACAUUCUGCGGGGGUCUUGGUCAUCGUAUCACAGACUGUCCGAAGUUGGAGGUCAUGCAGACCAAGCAGGUCACCAACAUCGGGCGCAAAGACUACCUGGCUCAUAGCUCCAUGGACUUCUAAGAUAAUUUUUAUCAGAGUUGAUAUGCUCAAGCUGAAAGAAACUGAAAGAUGUUGGCAGUGAAUAUAGGAAGGAAGUGUAUUUUUAUCAUCAGUUACCGUUAUCCGCAGGUCUGUUUGAUAAAACCAUUUCCUUGCAGUUUCUUGCACCUUUUUUCCCCUCAUUUCUUUCUUGUUGUGUAUGUGUAGGCUUUGUAAGAUACAUUCUUGAUACUGAUAAUUGUAAAUAAAACCUUAUAAU